GAUCGAGUGGACUGGCAUUCGAAAAAUGGUCAGGAAGAUAACCAGGAAGUUCUGUUUCUACUGCCAAAAAAUCUCGUUUGUUCAUGCGGCUACUCGACUCUGACGGAAACCCACAUCAGGCACCCCGACAUGACAUGCUUGCCUAGAGUGGGACAUGGAACCCCAUCCGAAUGAGUUGGCUGCAUUGUAGCAUGCCUAAAUUUUAAGCUCUCUGGGCGGUGUUGCUCAUGAGCGCCAUACUCAAACGCCUCUGUUCUUCCGAGCAGGACAAUGACCAUUGUUGUCGCAGCGAACAUGUUUGCUGCUGAGUACUGCUAAAUCGAAUGCCGGUCACCCUUUUAAUCAGGAAGACAUCCUCCGCACCGUCCGAACUCGCACAUCUCUUAUCGCGUGCCUUGCUAAAAGCUCGGUGCAAUCAUGCCAUUCAAGCCGCUCACUGACAUCCACGUGACCUACCGCCAGAUCCCUCAGUGGCAGGGUCUUCCGAAUACAUCCAUACAGUCAAAGCCACUCAUCAUCUACCACAAAGCAUUCGACGCGUCGGCUAGGGACCUUGCAGCACAUUUCGAGGAUGUAGGCGAGGUCACGUCGCAGUGGGUCUAUUCUAUGUACCGUCAAACGCACUUCCACAGCACCACCCACGAGGUAUUAGGGGUGGUUUCCGGCCGUGCACGCCUUUGUUUUGGUGGAGAAGAUAAUCCCGAGCGCUUUGAACCACUCGUCGAACGAGGGGACCUGAUCAUAGUACCCGCCGGUGUGGGCCAUCGACUCCUGGACGAGCUGGGCACAGACGAAGGACCUUUCAAGAUGGUCGGUGCCUAUCCGCCGCAAAAACAGUGGGAUAUGUGCUACGGCGAACAAUCCGAAGCAGACAGGGUUACGAAGAAUAUUCAGCAAUUGAAUUGGUUCCAUGGAGAUCCCUUAUACGGCAAAGAUGGACCGGUUUUGCAUGUGUAGUUUGACCUCAGUGUAAGCACGUGGGCUUCGCAGUAUGUGUACAUCUACCAUUGUCGGGUAAAUCAGCCGUAAU